GAGAAAGAGAGAGAGAGAGGCUGAGGGCGCAGCAGUCAGUCAGUCAGUCUCCUUUGGAUUCACCGUUGGUCGCCCUCGUUGACUCGCUCCAUCCUCGGCACACAGGCGAAUCUUUCUUCCAUCAGCCACAACCAGGAGGACUAUGACCGGUAGAUCUGUCUGCCAAGUCGAGGUGAUCCAGCGUUAGUGACCUGCAGCUUCCUCGCUCCCUACGGGAAAAAUGAGAACUAUCUUACUGGGCUUCACGUGGCUUUGUCUCGGCCUGUCCCUGGAUGCUUUGUCUUUGAUUGGAUGGAGGACGAAGGCAGUGGAUGGAGAGCGAAGUCUGGCGGCGGUCAGAGGGGAGAAGCUGCUCAGGAGAGUGAGACGCGGCUGGAUGUGGAACCAGUUUUUCCUGCAGGAAGAGUACACGGGCAGCGACUAUCAGUACAUUGGCAAGCUCCAGUCAGACCAGGACCACGGCAACGGCGUGGUCAAAUAUGUCCUGUCUGGCGAGGGGGCGGGAACCAUCUUUGUCAUCGACGAGAACAACGGCGACCUGCACGCCACCCGCCGCCUGGACCGCGAGGAGAAGUCUUUUUACAUCCUCAAAGCCACCGUGGUCAACAAGCGCACGGGUCAAAAGUUGGAGCCGGAGACAGAUUUCACCGUUAAACUCCACGACAUCAAUGAUAACGAGCCUCAGUUCAGCAAGGAGGUCUACACUGGCAGCGUACCGGAGAGGUCUGACAUCGGUACGUCCGUCAUCCAGGUGACAGCGACGGAUGCUGAUGACAGUAUGUACGGGAACAGCGCCAAACUGGUGUACAGCAUCAGCCAAGGACACCCGUACUUCUCAGUGGACCCCAACACAGGCGUGAUCCGGACAGCGCUGGGUCCUGGCGACAUGGACCGCGAGCAGAGGGAGCACUACCAGGUCGUGAUCGAGGCCAAAGACAUGGCCGGGCAGCGGGGAGGCCUCACCGGCACCACGGUGGUUAACAUCAGCCUCACCGACGUCAACGACAACCCGCCUCAUUUCACCCAGAGUAUUUACCAGUUCAGAGUUCCCGAGUCAGCCAAGUCUGGAACCCCCAUCGGACGAAUCAAGGCCACGGACAAAGACAUCGGGAAGAACGCCGAGAUGUAUUUCACCAUCGUCAGCGGCGACGGCAUGGAGAUGUUUGAGAUCUCCACUGACAAGGCCACUCAGGAGGGAGUAAUCACCGUCAGCAAGCCUCUGGAUUUUGAGAAGAAGCCGUCGUACACGGUCGAGAUCCAGGUCCAGAACACCCAGAUGGACCCUCGCUUCAUGGCCGCGGGCUCCAGAGACGUGGCCACGGUGAGAAUCGCCGUGGACGAUGUCGACGAGCCGCCGCUGUUUGACAAGACGAGCUAUCUGAUGGAGUUAAAGGAAGACGCGGAAGUGGGCGUGGCGGUGGGUUCGGUCAGUGCCAUGGACCCUGACGGAGCUCGCAGCGUUGUCAAGUACUCCAUCGACCGCCGCACCGACAUGGACCGCCUGUUCAACGUCCACCCGGGGAACGGCUCCGUGUUCCUACUCAAGCGUCUGGACAGAGAGGACGCGGCCUGGCACAACAUCUCCGUCAUCGCCACCGAGUUCAAUAAUCCCCGUCAGAGCAGCCAUGUUCCCGUCUACAUCCGCCUGCUGGACAUCAACGACAACGCUCCCACCUUCGCCACCGUGUACGAAACCUUUGUCUGUGAGAGAACCAAGGCUGGUCAGCGGAUCCAGACGGUGAGCGCCGUCGACGCCGACGAGCCUUCGUCGGGACACAAGUUCUUCUUCAGUCUGGCUCCUGAGAAGAUGCACCGCAGCAACUUCACUGUCCGAGACAACGGCGAUAACACUGCCAGCAUCCUGACACGUCGAGCCAGCUAUAGUCGCCUUCACCAGAGCAUCUAUCUGGUUCCCGUUGUGAUCACUGAUGGUGACUACCCCAUGCAGAGCAGCACAGGGACGCUGACUGUGAGAGUGUGCUCCUGCGACCGUGAAGGCAACAUGGAGCUGUGUAAUCCCGAGGCUCUGAGCAGCUCUCCUGGCCUCAGCACCGGCGCACUCAUCGCCAUCCUCCUGUGUGCCAUCAUACUGCUGAUGAUUGUGGUUCUGUUCACGGCACUGAAACGCCAGCGGAAGCAGGAACCGCUCAUUAUCUCCAAGGAGGACGUCCGUGACAACGUGGUGAGCUACAACGACGAGGGCGGCGGCGAGGAGGACACCCAGGCCUUCGACAUCGGAGCGCUGCGACAUCCAGACGCCGCCGCCGCCUUGGAGGAGUCUGCCAAGCAGAGGCGUGACAUCAUCCCCACGGACACUCUGCUCUACCCACCGCUCCGCCGGCCUGCGCCCACCGCCCCCGGCCUCAUCAUGCCGCCUGUCAACUUGGUCUCGCGGGACAACGGUGAUGUACGCGAAUUCAUCAACCAGAGGGUUCUGGAGAACGACUGUAACCCAACGGCGCCGCCUUAUGACUCGCUGGCCACCUACGCGUACGAGGGCACCGGCUCGGUGGCCGAGUCACUGAGCUCGCUGGGCUCAGCUUCAUCUGAGGCCGAGCAGGACUAUCACUACCUGAGUGAGUGGGGGCCCAGGUUCAGGAAACUAGCCGACCUGUACGGAGCCGAGGACAGUGACUUCUGCUAACAGAGAUACCACGGAACCACACACAUACACACACAUACACACAAGACUAAUCACGUCAAAUACAAGCUUUGGUUACGUUUUGACCAAAGUGGGGCCGAGGACAGCUGCGUCUCGCUACAGUCUCAGACUGUAAACACUGAUGAUGAGCUUUAAGAUAAUGUGAAAACUUUUAAAAAUACAAGACAAACACAUAAGAACAAACUAAUGUGCUGGCAGCAGGUGUCAGUUCCAUUUAAUGGAAUAAUCAAGAACACCACUCAAUCGUUGUCCUGCCUUCAAUGUAAAUUGAAUUUUUUUUUCCAGUAGGAGACAAAAAAGUCCUAAAUAUAUGUAUUUGGGAACGGUAAUGUAAAUCAACCUGCCCAACAGUGGAUCCAAAGAUCUUCAGUUUCACCAGUGUGGACCUCUUGAGAGACGCAUUUCAGGCCUGAUUGGAGUUUGAAAAUCAAAAUUGGAUUGUAUUUUCUAUUGAGAAUUGGACAUUUUCACAUUCAGGUUUGGCUUUAAUCUCUGAAUAACCAGUCAUUGGAACAUCGCUCGUGGCUUUUAAUGGUGCCAUUCAAGGCUGACUGAAUGGAAUGGUUGGAACCAGGUCAGUCCACAAAACCCCAGUGUCAUUUUUUCCAGAACUGGACCACACUAACGGCUGCAGAUGUAAAGUAAAGUGUGGAGAAGACACAUUUUUUUAUUUUUUUCCUUUUUGACUAAGUGCCCUUUGUGCUGCCCUUCGAGCUAAACUGUGGACGCCUGCACACUGGCUGACACUGGAGGGAGCUAACGACUUUUACAUGAUUGCUUUUUUUUGUCGUUUUCGCCGUCUUGUACAAAAUGAUCAUUCCGGGGGAGCUGUUCUGAAGAAUCCUCGCUCGAAAAUCGCCUUCUUCGGGACACAGAGUAAAAGAAAACUCCUUUGAAUAAAUGCACUGAUUUCUUUA